AUGAGGAGAUGGGGCUCGUCCGGGGCCAUCCGCACCGACACCAGCGCUCCAUUUUCGGUCACCGCAUUCCAGCCCGCUCCGGUGGGGGAGGAGGUGACGGAGGAGGCAAAAAAGGCGGAGGUGGAGGAGUCCAGCAGGAGCGAGAAGCUAGCUGGUACUGAGUUCUGCUACAGCAGUGUCCUGCUGUCCGUCCAGCCGGAGAGGAAAGAGCUGGAGCAAGCUGGUCAGGUGAUUCUUGAGUGCUUCUUAAAGAAGGAUCUAGUCUACACGAAGGCCACGCCCACUUUCCACCACUGGAAGGUGGACAACAAGAAGUGCGGCCUGACUUUCCAGAGCCCGGCCGAUGCCCGCGCCUUUGAUCGCGGCGUGAGGAAGGCCUUGGAGGACCUAACCGAAGGGUCGACCACGUCCUCGUCCACGCUGCAGAAUGAGGCCGAGCUCGGCGACGACGACGUCUUCACGACUGCCACCGACAGCUCGUCCAACUCGUCCCAGAAGAGAGAGCCAGCGAUGCACGCGCUCACCCCGCCCACCUUCUGUGAACGCCGCCGGCACCACUGCAUCCUGGGACAUUUGUAUGAGCAGCAUCGGCCCACUGAGCACUACUUCCUGGACCAGGCGGUGCAUAUGUUUCCUCGCCACGUCAGCUUCCAGCUGGAGGACGAGGAGGUCGUACGCAUCAACCCCCGCGAGCGGACCUGGCUCACCGGCUACGAGGACUACCGCCACGCCAACUCCUCACGCGUCAAACUCGCCCAGCUCCACAACCCGGACACUUGCGUGCACUUUACCAAGAGCGAGCCGGCCAAACGCGACUACGCCUACCCGUAUCCUCUGAGCUGCGACGGAAAACCCAGCUGCCUGGAGAUGGGCGGCGGCCACAGGGCGGUGCUGACGGUGCAGCCGCGAGCCCCGGAGCUCAAAGGCAAACUGCGGAAGGAGGACGCGGAGCGCUCGCGCUGCGUUUACUGUCAGGACAUGUUCAAUCAAGAGGACAACGGGCGGGGCCGCUGCCACGAGGCGCCCGACCCCAUUCAGACGUGCAUCCGGCGCGUGACCUUCAUGUGGUGCGCGGACAGCCUUCUGUACCACUGCAUGUCCGACCCGGAGGGCGAUUACUCAGACCCGUGCUCCUGCGACACCGCCGACGAGCGCUUCUGCCUGCGCUGGACGGCGCUGGUGGGGCUGUCGCUGCUGGCUCCCUGCAUGUGCUGCUACGCCCCCCUCAGGGCGUGCUACCGCUGCGGCGUGGCCUGCCGCUGCUGCGGCGGGAAACACAAAGCGGUGGGCUAAGGCGUUGCAGGCCCCGCCCCUUCCACAGUGACAGACUCGCAGCAGGAAGCGGGGAGUUGGAGGUGAUUUCUACGUUGUUGUCGUUUUGUCGUCGUUGUCGGUCUUCAUAACUCCAGAAGCUCCUGAGUCUCACAUGAUCAGCACUUUCACGCAGACGUUAUAUUUUUACGCUCACGUGUCCAGACGGCCGACGCGUGGGCGUGUCUGUCUGAAUGUCGCUUUAGCGCGCACACACGCUGCACCACCGUCACAAAGUCAGCGGCUUCACUCGCUGCCCAAAAAAGCUUUUUCUGUUCGCCACGAGAAAAAUCACCUGAAUCAGCGAAUCAGUGAAUCAGCGAACACGGCGUCCUGAUGCUGAGCUGACCAAACCCGAACUCAAAGCUGAGGGGUCAGAGGUCGAGCCCCUGAGGGUCGUACCGUUAACACAAACCAAAGAGAGACCAACAAAAGUCUACAGCUGCCGCGUUACUAAGGAUGAGGCUUCAGCUUCGUGACGACGCACGCGCCAUAUUCUCGCCGUCCGUCUGUGGUCGCGUGAAAGCCGCUCGUUGAGCUCUCAAACUCCAACGAAGAGCGUUCGUGUUGAGUCGUGAGCGCAUUUGUUCUCGCCGCUCGUCACGUUUCAAGCUGCAAUGGCGCUGGACAUCGGCUCGCUCGCCUUUCACUUCAAAGAAAACGUCAUUAGUCCGUUUCCUGGACUACGCAGCGUCCACCUUCAUUUUCUUCCCGGCUGCCACGACUCUUCGUCAUCUGUGGCGAUCCUGUGAUGGCGUACAUCAGCUGAUUCUGACUCGGACAUACGCAGCCGUGUAUGUUUGAUUGAUUCGUGCGUUUGUAAAAUACAAACAUUUCUUUGGUCUCGCCGGCCGUAAACGACCCGGACGCCGAGGUCGCCCAACCCUGCUCUAGUGUAUCUCCUCGUCCACAGCCAAUCAGCACCGUUCUUCACUCUCAUUGGUUGUUGCUGAAGCUGCUUCAACAGAGUAGAGAGUAGAGUUUGACUUUGAUCAGUCUGAUGGUGAAACAUGUUUCACUGUGCUGGGAGCUCUGGUUUCUGAUCCUUACAGUGGGUGUUUAACUGGUUUCAGUUUAACUGGAGCAGAUAACCCAGCAGGUCUGACCAGUGUGACGAUGACGCACUUCCUGAGUCCUGAUCACACCUGAGUUUCCUUUAAUCGCAAAUUUAGGAUCCGAUGCGCUCGGGUGCGGUCUGUGGUGCGGGAACGCCCCCACGGACACCCCAGGCACGGUCAGUGGGCGUGUUCAUGCUGCAGGUGAUGCUCGCUUAAAAAAGCUUCCAGAUGCAUCGAAGUAAAAAUGUUGAACCCUUGAAGGUCACAGGAAGCUCUGCGUCGAGCAGCAGACGAGAACACUGCGCCGAACACAACAGCUGGCCUGAAGUCUAGUGACGCGGACGUGUCGCUCGAUGCCAGAAGAAAAGAUUUCAAUCUGAACAAAUAACGAUGGAGAUCAUCCGCUGGCGCUCUGCAGAACAUCUGCAGAACAUCUGCAGCGAUGUGGUUUCUCCAAAAGCUCUCGACGAUUAAAACAGAAUAAUGUUGUAACGCAGCGAGGAGAUGAUCCUGGCGUCACGUGUCGGUACAAAGACGACCCUUCAUAUCCUCUGACCUGUUUAAACGUUUUUAAAUUCCCGCCCCCCAAGACGCUUUGUUGGCUCUGUGGUCACGUUGGCCCCUCCCACACGCUCUCUUACUGUCUGCUGACAUCAUGACCCGGUGAUGUUUACGGCUGACGUCAGAACGCUGCCACCUGUAGGCUGAGAGCAGUAUUACAGUCUCGUGAUCCAGUAAUAUGAACAGCAGGUGUGAAACAGUAAAAGUCUAUUUUAUAAACUGAAAUGACCUGUAAUAUAAACGAUUUCAUUAUGAGCUUCAUUUUUAUAGAAGACGUGUAGCUGUCGUCCGUGACGUGAAACAUACGAUCAGCCCGUAAGAUCCCACGCCGCCGCCGCCGCUCAGCAGUGUCGCCCGUCGGUCCGACCGGCGUCUCUGCUGACGUGUCCCUCGUGUGUUUUCCUGUCUGUGGCGAGGAAGGUGACCUGAAAGCAGUGUCUUUGUUUGUUAAAGGAAAGUGCCUGAAGCCUCCUCUUCAUCCUGUCCUGAUUACGUUUCCCUCAGUCAUGUGUAAAGAAUAUACGGUGAAUUCAUGAGUUCGUCUUUUUAUAUAUAAUUCACAUUUGUACCGAUGUAAAAAACAAAAACACAAAAAGAUAUAAAUCUGUGUAUCAGGUGUAUGAUGUACAUUUUCAGUUCUAUUUUUUUAUUGUUUCUAUUAUGUGAGUGAGGAGAUGAAUAAACACAAACGUCAUCUGGAAAUGAAAGAAACCACUCGGAUGGUCUGUGUGU